AUGCUCAAGCCCUCAUUUACAGAUCCGCUCAAAUACCUUCCAGGCAUCCAAUGGGGAUUACCACUUAAGGACCAUGCUGUGGCCCGUGAGAAACUUGCACUGCAGCCUGGUAAAUGCUGCGUGCUGAUUUGCUUGUUGUUCGACGGCUUCUGCUAUUGCGCUGGCGAUUGCGAACUAUUGACCAACUGGUGGCCGCCAAGUGGGCCCAAGGAGGCCGAGAGUCUCCUUUUGGCUGGAGCUGAGAAGAAGCUAGCCACUCAUGGAUGUUCAUUGUUGGGAAUUGUCGAGAUGAAGAUUGAUACCUACAUCGCCUAUACAGUUACUGGGCAAUGGAGGGGAAAGUUUCUCGACUUCGCAUGCUACGGUAAUCGGAAGGUUUUGCAGCCUUAUCUCAACAAGGCUGCUAGUUAUAUAAGAGACUCUGCGCUGAGUACGGCGCGGACUUUAAUAUCUGAAUCGGGCUAUUCGACUGGCGGCAGAGCUAUAUCAAAGCUGAGGAGUUUCCCCUGGCCGGAUCCAGGUUCCUUUCUUUUGAUAUUCUUCCAUCCGUUUUCGGCCUGUUCCAUUCAGUAUUUACCACUUCUGAAUAGCUCUGCUGAAGCUAUGGACAGCUCAUCUACUACGCUGAUAACAUUCCUUGUUCGAACCCCUCCAAAUACCAGUUUUGUGAAGCUCCUUGGAUCAUGGGACAAUUUCACGAGAGCAUAUCCCAUGGAGAGGGACAGUCGAAUUGGCAAAGGCUAUUGGAAAGGAUGUCAUACUUUCACAAACAUAAUAUGCGAUGGUGAAAUAAACGCACUUCCCCCAGGACGAGAUGGCGGUCUGAGAAUGGGUGGCACGUAUUGGUAUUAUUACCUAAUUGACAAUGAAGUUGAAUUUUUUAAUGAGGCGGAGCCGGUGACCACCUCUUGCCCUUUGCUCCCAGGCCAGCCAUUGAACGUCCUCAACGUUCCGAUACAUUUACCAUCCACAGAAAGCUUUCAUACUCGCGACACCAAUCACGUCUCACAAGUAAUCGGUCAUGAAACGAUGAAUCCUGACGACAAAUAUAUGAAUCCGAGACCUCCACCUCGGCCUACUUUACCUCGACUCACCACCUCCCCGGCGAUGCUCAUGCGUAGCGACUACGCUUUAACCCCCACUCUCUCUGCCGGAUCAUCACUAUCUCCUGCUCAUGGAAGAAGUGUCUCCCACCCGCGUGCCAUCACCUCACGCCGCAGAUUCCGCAUUGGCGGCAAAUUGUCACUAGACCUUAAAAUUUCAAUUAAUCCUUCCACCAAACCCAAUUCGCUUCGAUCUAGUAUAAUGAACGUCGCAUCCCCAAGAUUCGGCCGAAAUAAUGAGAACAGAGGUCGUCAGCCUCGUGACUGGGCGAAAUACCUCAUUGUGAAAGUUCCAGGUGUAGAAUUGAAUUCAAACAGUUACUCCAGUAACUCAUCACCCAUGUGGAGCCCCGCCAGCAAUCUAAACAAGCUAUUGCCACAUCCUGCUGGUGGAUAUAUGUCCAGUGAACAAUCGAAUCAGGACAAUUCUCUUCGAGAGAGCAGGGGUCCGUCUCCUUCAAAUACCACAUUGACCUUUAACAAUUCUUCACUUCAUGGACUUGGCCCUAAGGAAACCGAACGCCCUCAAUGGCGACCUCUCGAUGCGUAUCGAGACUCGAUAUCGCAGCAAAGCACGCCCAGGUUUAUCCCUCGAUGGGAAUCAAGAGGUGAUACCUGGGCCCCAGAUAUUUCAUCUCCCCUGGAUCUGUACGAGAAACGUUUGCCAACACUCCCGAACAGUCCGACAUCCGCUCUCGACUCAGAAUUGCACUCAACGGGAGAGGAACAUCUUCCUAUUAGCGAAGAAGAGUACCUGCAGAGCCACUUUUCCGACUUCACUGCUGAGUCUCCUGAUGAUUCCUGCUCUCCGGACUCCUUACAGCCGGGUGGUAGCCGCUUUUCGGAAUAUAGCACGGAUACAGACGAUGCAUCACCCUUCUCCAUGACAUCUGCCUCAACGAUUAAUAGUUAUGGCACAUUCUCUCCGACAACCAAUGAAGACAAGGAGAUAGCAUUUGAAGUGGCACUCGCAAACCCACCUCCGCAGGCUAUCUCGUCCCAAAAUAGUACGCAGCAAUGCCCAUCCAGCACCUUCAAUUAUUGCCCUGAAGAUGUCGAUAAAUCCUCCCUCUACAUCUCAAAAACCCCAAGUGAAGACGACGGCAGUGGGCGCCCUACACCCAACAGAGACACCAACCCCAGGCGAAAAAGUACUGAUAAAUCCCCUGCAACACCCUCGUGGAAACAUCUAAUCCUAAAACAUAAUAACUAUUCACCAAAUACCAACUCCUCCAUCAUGGAAGAUAAUUUCAAUAAUUCCAACCUCCCCACUCCGCGCCCAAAACCGACAAAUGAUCAAGACCACCGGAUGAAAAAUGAUAAACAUGCUAUGACCCCUUGUUGUGGCGUUAGACAAGGACUACAAAAUCCCUAUUUCGAUUCUGCAAUGCAGGAGUUAAUGAACGAGUUGGGAUAUUUGGGAGAUAUUAUUCAAGACAAUGCCGUGAAAAGUUAUUGA